AUGGAGGAUGAUUUAUUCCAGCUGAGACAGCUGCCGGUGGUCAAGUUUCGCCGCACUGGGGAAAGUUCAAGGUCAGAUGAGGAUGUCAUUUCAGGAGAACAUGAAAUUCAGAUUGAGGGUGUUCGGACAGAGCUAGAGCCUAUUGAGCUAGAGGAUGGAGCUGCAGUGCCAAAAGAAUUUGCCAACCCAACUGAUGAUACUUUCAUGGUGGAAGAUGCGGUGGAAGCCAUUGGAUUUGGAAAGUUCCAGUGGAAACUCUCUGUUAUUACUGGAUUAGCAUGGAUGGCAGAUGCUAUGGAAAUGAUGAUUUUAAGUAUCCUAGCUCCUCAGCUUCAUUGUGAGUGGCGAUUACCAAGCUGGCAGGUUGCAUUGCUCACAUCGGUGGUGUUUGUGGGAAUGAUGUCCAGCUCCACCCUCUGGGGAAACAUUUCAGACCAGUACGGGAGAAAAACAGGCCUAAAGAUCAGCGUGUUGUGGACGCUCUAUUAUGGGAUCCUCAGUGGCUUUGCACCAGUGUAUAGCUGGAUCUUGGUGCUGAGGGGCCUGGUGGGCUUUGGGAUUGGAGGAGUGCCUCAGUCGGUAACCUUAUAUGCUGAAUUCCUUCCAAUGAAAGCCAGAGCAAAAUGCAUUUUAUUAAUAGAGGUCUUUUGGGCCAUAGGGACUGUGUUUGAAGUCCUCCUAGCAGUGUUGGUGAUGCCCACUCUUGGCUGGCGGUGGCUUCUCAUUCUUUCUGCCCUCCCACUUUUGCUCUUCGCUGUCCUAUGUUUUUGGCUGCCAGAAAGUGCCAGGUAUGAUGUAUUAUCUGGAAAUCAAGAAAAAGCAAUUGCCACUUUAAAGCGGAUAGCAACAGAAAAUGGAGCUCCAAUGCCUCUGGGAAAAUUAAUUAUUUCCAGACAGGAAGACCGAGGAAAAAUGAGGGACCUUUUUACGCCUCAUUUUAGAUGGACCACAUUGUUACUCUGGUUUAUAUGGUUUUCCAAUGCUUUUUCAUAUUAUGGGUUAGUUUUAUUAACUACAGAGUUCUUCCAAGCAGGAGACGUCUGCAGCAUAUCCAGUAGAAGACAAGAAGUUAAAGCAAAGUGCAGCCUGACCUGUGAGUAUCUGACAGAGGAAGACUACACUGACCUGCUCUGGACAACCCUGUCAGAAUUCCCUGGUGUGUUAGUAACACUAUGGAUUAUUGAUCGGAUAGGCCGCAAGAAAACCAUGGCCCUGUCCUUUCUGGUCUUCUCGUUUUGCAGUCUUUUGCUGUUUCUCUGCGUUGGAAGAAAUGUUCUUACUGUGCUGCUCUUCAUUGCAAGAGCUUUUAUUUCGGGAGGAUUUCAGGCUGCUUAUGUUUACACUCCUGAGGUUUAUCCGACAGCCACGCGUGCUUUGGGCCUGGGAACAUGCAGUGGAAUGGCCAGAGUGGGAGCCCUCAUAACCCCGUUCAUUGCACAGGUUAUGUUGGAAUCUUCCGUCUAUUUAACACUGGUGGUUUACAGUGGAUGUUGCAUGCUGGCUGCUGUGGCUUCCUGCUUCUUGCCCAUUGAAACGAAAGGUCGUGGCUUACAGGAGUCCAGCCACAGAGAAUGGGGACAGGAGAUGGUUGGCAGAGGAUCUCAUUCCCCAGGGGUCACCAGGUCAAACUCUGGAUCACAGGAAUGAUAGGACAUGAAAACCUGCUGAAAGAAUGAAUUAUAUGAGCAAGAUCUCUUUCACAAAAAAUCCAACCCUGAAGCAUAGAAAGCUGACCAUACUGUCACUGCCAAUGUCACGUGUCAAACUGCAGGAACUUUUGGGUUGAACCUAAGCAAAUUGUGUCUCUGCUGCUCUUUGCUCACACACAUAAAAAUUUUACUUCUGUGUUGAGAGGCAUUUGAUCCAGAUAUGAUUUGAAGUUUAGCAGAAGGAGUUUUUCUUAAGUCUGUUGUGCUUGCAUGGUCAGCUAUUCAGCUUAAAAUGUCCCGUGUCAAGCAAAUAGCUAACUGAAUGCAACUCAGUAUAAGCUGUAAUUAAAAUAAUGUACUCUUGAUGCCUAAAACCAAAAGAUUAAUAUUUAUUGUGUACCUGGCAUAGCACAUGGUGGAUUCCAUACACUACAGAAUAGGUUUUAUGAAUUAGAUGCCUGCCUUGCACUUUUUAGCCAUCAACAACAACAACAACAAAAUGUGAUAACGGCAAACCAACCAAUGCUUUCUAGUUCCCUUGCUUAUGGGUUCUGUUCCUUGAGAAUUAAUAGGGACUGACUGAUUGCUUGGAAGCAGUUUUCUGAACAUUUCUCCCAUCCAAGGCAGGUAGUUUGAGUCAGUGAGGAGUGGUAUUUGUUGCAGAGAUGGAGUCUUAUAUAAGAAACAUAAAUCCUCAUGGUUUGGAGCAGAAUUUGACUUCUCUAACAUUGCCAGAAACAUUGAGCA